AUGGCACGAGAGUUCUUUGGGAAAUGGUUGAGGGAGUGGGAUACGCAGCUUGGGGAUGAAGGCAGGACACUGUGUUUCCGCGUCGACAACUGCUCGGCACACUUCGCAGAUGUUCCAUUGAGCAAUACUGAGCUCAAGUUUCUUUCGCUUAACACCACCUCAAAGCUCCAGCCUCUACACCAAGUGAUCAUCCGCACCUUCAAAGCGAUUUACAAGCGAAGGCUCAUCGAGUGGCUGCUCAUUCGUCUUCGAAUGAACGAAGACCUGAAAAUUGACUUGUUGGGUGCCAUACAGAUGUUGAAGGCCGCUUGGGAGAGCGUGAACAAAGAGAUGAUCGCGAAGUGCUUUCGGCACGCUGGCUUCACUGUUGGCGUUGACGCAGCUGAAGAGCCCACUGAAUAUGUUGAAGGCUCUGAAGAGGUUGUCGAGCUCGACGAAAUGUGGAGUGAUCUUUCGCGGUUUGUGGGCGAUGCAUAG